CUGAAGACCCGAGCGACACCGCUUUCCACUCCGCUCCUGUUUUUAGCGACUUUGUAGUGGCACCGAAACCGAGCCAGAGGACUCCUUUAGAGGGGGGGACAACCGCUGACUUCCCGUUUUCCGUUGUUACCAAACGAAACGCGCGAAUUCGCCGUCGCGGGACUGUCAUGAGCCCGGUGUCGGGAUGGCGUCCUUUCCGAGUUUGUCCAAGAAUGUUCGGCCAGCCGAGGAGGAGAACGGCGAGCUGGAUCAGUCUCUCCAGCAGAUGCUGAAGGCCAUUGCCGACGAGCGGAACCGUCUCAGCAUCAGACAAGAAAUCAGCGGACUCGGUUGUUUUAAGGAUGACCGUAUCGUGUUUUGGACUUGGAUGUUCUCGACAUACUUCAUGGAGAAGUGGGCUCCUCGCCAGGAUGACAUGCUGUUCUACGUACGGAGAAAGCUGUCCUACGUCAGCGCAGACAACACAGAAGGCAAAAAGGUGGAGGUAGAGGUGUACAGGAGGGACUCCAAGAAGUUGCCUGGCCUCGGUGACCCUGACAUUGACUGGGAGGAGAGCGUCUACUUGAACCUCAUUUUACAGAAGCUGGACUACGUGGUGACGUGUGCUGUCUGCACACGCUCAGACGCUGGGGACAUCCACAUCCACAGGAAGAAGUGCCAGGAAGUCUUCGCAUCUCCAAGUAAACACGCCAUGGACAGCAAAGGAGAGGAGUCCAAGAUGAGCUACCCAAACAUCUUCUUUAUGAUCGACAACUUUGAGGAGGUCUUCAGUGACAUGACGGUGGGCGAGGGGGAGAUGGUGUGUGUAGAGCUGGUGGCCAGCGAUAAGAGCAAUACUUUCCAGGGUGUCAUCUUUCAGGGCUCCAUCCGCUACGAGGCGCUCAAAAAGGUCUACGACAACCGCGUGAGCGUGGCUGCCAAGAUGGCCCAGAAAAUGUCCUUCGGCUUCUACAAGUACAACAACAUGGAGUUUGUGCGGAUGAAGGGUCCCCAGGGGAAAGGCCACGCUGAGAUGGCAGUCAGCAGGGUGCCCACGGGGGACACGUCCCCCUGCGGGACCGAGGAGGACCAGGAUUCUCCCAUGCAUGAGAGGGUGACAUCGUUCAGCACACCCCCGACACCAGAGAGGAACCGUCCCUCUUUCUUCUCCCCAUCUCUGCGCCGGAAGGUGCCCCGUAACCGUAUAGCUGAGAUGAAAAAAUCGCACUCGGCAAACGACAGCGAAGAGUUUUUCAGGGAGGAUGAUGAUGAAGAUCUCCAUAAUACCACCAACCUGCGUUCUCGUUCUCUUUCGGGGACGGGCCGCUCGCUGGUGGGCUCUUGGCUCAAACUCAACCGGACAGAGGAGUAUUUCCUGCUGUACUCCCACCUCACCUACGUCACCUUGCCACUUCACCGCAUCACCACAGAUAUCCUGGAGGUGAGGCAGAAACCCAUCCUGAUGACAUAGCAGAGCUCCACCGGCCCAGACCCUCACUACCAAGUGCCUAUCUGCAUCAGGCUUACUGAGACAACAGUACCACCUAGUGUCGACACUGUAAAGACACUAAACAUCUGCUUUACCUGACAGAAGAGAGGACUUGAUGUAAAACCUUCGGGGACAGUACAAAAACAGCCAUUCAAAAAGUGCCUCUUCCGUCUUUUAAGUUUCCUUCUUACUGAGGAUAUGCAGAUGAGAGGUGGUCUCGCUCCGUGAGGAAUGGCCCCAGAUAUCCGGCAUCUCAGAAAGUCCUGGCCCGUAAACAGGCUGUCGGGAUCAUACAACCUGCGAGUGCAUAGGCACUGGCUGAACUCUGUUCAGGAAAGAAAAGGACGAAGAAUGUGUGUGUUACUUGUAAAUAUCCUGCUGCUUAACUUUCACUGAUAAGCCUUGACAAAGGUUCUGCUUCUGAUGAUACGUGACGCGCUCCCCAUUUCUUUUGUUCUGUCGGGCUGCGUUUUUUGGCUUUUGUUUGUUCUUGGAUCAGUGAGUCGGUGUGAGGUAUAAGGGAUUCUGUGUCUAACUUGUGCAAGGAAAAGGAGGAGAAGGACAGUUACGGUGUUGGUCAUCCCAUAUGUAGGUAAAGUAUGCCACAUGGCAGAAAACAGACGGUCAAUGUUGUGUCAUGUCCUUCACAGUUAUUUUUCGAAUUCAUAUGGAUUUGGCACAUUUAACACAGGGAAUGUGUAUUUUUAAUAUCUUAAAAGAUACCUGGGGAUGAAGGUACAUCAUACCGUAGUGAUUUGUCCCAGACUAAAGAACAGCUGAGACAGCAUCUCCUGAAGGAAAAUAAAAAGUUUGUUUCCACAAUUCUCCAAGAUGGAAGCUCGUGGAACUGACCAGAAAUUGAGAGGGAAUAAUAAUGUUGAACUUUGAACUGAGCUAAGGGUGCAUUGUGUUGUUAUAAUAACUUAUUUUAUUUCACAAAAUUUCCUGUAGCUUUUCACCACAACGUUUAUCCAAGCAAACCAAUGACAACUUUUGUUUACAAGAGUUCCAGUUUGCAAACCAGAAGUGAUUUGAAGUUGCGAUGAGAAAUAAGGGACGAGGAAAAUAGAAUAAAAAGCUUUACUUUUGAGGCGUUUUUCCAAAAGUGGAGAUAGAUGAAGACAACUCCAGAACCAGACCUGGCUCAGAAGUUAGUUUCUAGAUGUUAGCUAGUGGUUCUUCAGAUGCCCCUCAAAGCGCUUUAUUGUCAGGGUUUCAUGUGUUGGCGCAAUUUAGUGUUGGCUGUCGAUCACAAACAAUUAUAGUAAAGGUAUGAGGCCGGUCCUUUUGGCCCUUCAUAAGGAGGUUCAAGCAUUCCUAGUGUUCCGCCACAAAUCCACAGCCUUUGGAUAGUUGGUUCAGGAAUAAAGGAUUUUAAUGAAAAUAUU